AUGAACAUUUCUCAAAACUUCCUCAGCCCAGGAGCCUCCGAAGCCCCUACCAAGCCAGCUCUCCUCCUGCAGCCACUCCCUUCACAGGAGGAUGAAGGUCUCCACAGCAGCCGUCUCCCUCCUCCUCCUCGUCGUCAUCACCGUCGCCCUGGGGUCCAAGACUGAAUCUUAUUCAGGAGGACCUUACCACCCCACCGAGUGCUGCUUCAAAUAUGUGAUCCGGCCAGUCAGGCGACAGUGGAUUUCAGGCUAUUAUGAGACCAGCAGCCAGUGCUCCAAGCCUGGAAUUGUCUUCAUCACCAGAAAGGGCCAUCACAUCUGUGCCAACCCCAGCGAUGAUUGGGUCCAGGACUAUAUCAAGGCGCUGGAGGAGAUCGGAGUGACCCGGAAGUAGUGGAGAAGGACACAGCUCAGAAUUUAAAGAGACGAGGCUGAACCCCACUCCCAACUCAGCCCCAGACACCUCCUGGGAGCUGCCCUGCCUUGAAUUAAAGAGCAUCGUGCCCUU